CGGGUCCGCCAUUUUAUUGCCUCCAUUUCUCCGCGAGGGGGGGGUAAAGGUCCCCCAAAUAUGCAUAUGCGAAAGGGCCAAAAAGUGACGGCCGCGGGCAAGGAGUCUUAACUAGAGGAAGAAAGGGGACCAAACUGGCGGGCCCAGUAAGAGCGAAGCCGGCAGCGCUCCGGACGAGAUCCUUGCACAUAGUAAAGAAGUUCUACUACUGAGCUGGUUUUUACUGUCCUUUAAUUUGAGCUACCUGGAUACUUUUGUUCCUAUGCAUAAAGAUGUCUCUGGUGGAUUUGGGGAAGAGGCUGCUAGAAGCUGCAAGAAAAGGCCAAGAUGAUGAAGUGAGAACACUGAUGGCCAACGGGGCCCCAUUCACCACAGACUGGCUUGGAACAUCACCUCUUCACCUUGCAGCCCAGUAUGGCCAUUACUCCACAGCAGAAGUGCUUCUUCGAGCAGGCGUUAGCAGGGAUGCCCGGACCAAAGUGGACAGGACCCCUUUGCACAUGGCUGCGGCUGACGGACAUGCACACAUCGUGGAACUGCUUGUUAGGAGUGGUGCAGAUGUGAAUGCCAAGGACAUGCUGAAGAUGACAGCUUUGCACUGGGCCACAGAGCACCACCACCGAGAUGUGGUUGAAUUACUCAUCAAAUAUGGUGCUGACGUCCAUGCUUUCAGCAAGUUUGACAAGUCUGCCUUUGACAUAGCACUGGAGAAAAACAACACGGAGAUUCUGGUCAUCCUGCAGGAAGCAAUGCAGAAUCAGGUGAAUGUUAACCCCGAGAGAGCCAACCCAGUGACUAACCCUGUGACUGUGACUGCUCCAUUCAUCUUCACCUCUGGAGAGGUCGUUAACCUCGCUAGCUUUGUUUCUUCAGCCAACACCAAAGCAACCUCAGAGGAAAUAGAAGAAGGAAACUCACUUGACUCCUCAGUCCAGCAAGUGGUGGGGAGUGGAGGCCAGAGGGUCAUUACCAUAGUGACUGAUGGCGUCCCUCUGGGUAACAUCCAAACCUCAAUCCCUGCUGGAAGCAUUGGCCAGCCCUUUAUUGUAACUAUGCAAGAUGGACAGCAAGUUCUAACUGUACCUGCUGGUCAGGUUGCAGAGGAGACAAUAAUUGAAGAUGAAGAAGAGGAAGAAGAGAAGUUGCCAUUGGCAAAGAGACCAAGGAUGGCAGAGAUGACAAACAGUGUUGAGGAAAGCAAGGAAGGCAGUGAGAGAGAACUCCUGCAGCGGCAGCUCCAGGAGGCCAAUCGAAGAGCCCAGGAAUACAGACACCAGCUUCUCAAGAAAGAGCAGGAGGCAGAACAGUACCGACUCAAGCUGGAGGCUAUGGCCCAACAGCAGCCCAACGGAGUUGAUUUCACCGUGGUUGAGGAGGUAGCUGAGGUGGAUGCUGUAGUAGUGACAGAAGCGGACGUAGAAGAAAGAGCAACAGAAGUGAUAAAGUCAGGAAGGACCACAGAGCCUCACACUAGUGUUUCCAUAGAAACUGUUUCAUCUUAACACGCAAAGGCCACAACUUGCAUUCAUUCAUCUUACUGUCUGUAAGAAGGCAACAAUAGCAGGGCUCAGUGCCUGGGCCCAGGAAGGCUGUGUGUGCAGCUGGAAAACUCAGCCACCUUAAGGGCAUCUAAGGGACCAAAAGACCAGGACCAAAUCUCUCAGCUCACAUCAUUGCUUUAAACAGAGUACUGGGCAUUGCGGGUCUAUUUUUUUUAAUAACUUUAUAUCAAAGAUUUUAAGAUAGUACAUAUAAUACAUAUACACCAAGAGCCUUUAAUAAUUUUACCUGAGAUUUUCAAGUGACCUGAAAUUUGCCCUAGAUUUAUGAAACUGAUAACAGAAGUAGGAAGCCUCCUCCUGAGAUACCAUACAUUCCUUUCUUUUUUCCUUUUUUGGUGGGGUGGGGCAGGUUUGAGAAAGGGUUCCUUUGUGCAUCCCUAGCUGUCAUGGAACUCACUCUGUAGACCAGGUUGGCCUUGAAUUCACAGAUCCACCUGCUUCUGCUUCCCCAGUGCUGGGAUUAAAGGCCCUCACUGCCUGGCUAAUGAUACUGUACAUUUCUAAGAGAGCAGACACACAAGCCAUCCCUAGUUAAUUCACUGAAAAGGAAUCUAUAAGCUAGGGAUGGUAGUACAUACCUAUAAAGCCAGCAAUCAGGAAACUGAGACACAGCUAAUGAGUUUGAGGUCAGCAUGAGCUAAAGACUCCUUCAGUGAAAGAGGGACAGGUGUGCUGGUGAACACCUUAAUCCCAGCACUCUGGAGUAAAGACAGUCGGAUCUCUGUGAGUUCUAGGCCAGUCUAGUCCACAUGUCAAGUUCCUGGCCAGCCAAGGCUACAUAAUGAGACCCUGACUCUAGAUAAAGCAAAGCCAAACAAAACGGGAAUAGAGCAGUGGAUUAGUAGUUUAGAGUAUUGCCUGCUCUUCCAGAGAACUUGAGUUCAGUUCCCAACAGCCAUAUGAGGCUGCUCACAACUGCAUGCAAUCCCAGCUGCAGAGGAUCAACUGCCCUUUUGUGGCCUCUCUGAAUACCCACACAUAUACAUAUAAAUAGAAAUUUAAAAGUUAAGUUAGUUGAAUGCCAAGGUACGUACUUAGGGAACAUGAGGCAGGAAGAUUGUCCCAGGUUUGAAGUCAGCUUGAGCUCCAUAGUGAAUCACAGGUUAGCCUAGGCUACAGUGCAGCACCUUAAUGCAAGGAAGUUAAAUCAAGUGUGGUGGUGCACACCUCUUCCAGUGCUCAGGGGGAGAAGCAAGUGCAUCUCUGUGAGCUUGAGGCCAGCCUAGUCCUCAAAGAGAGUCUGGGAUAGCCAGGACUACAUACAGAGACCCUGCCUCAGAAAGAAAGAAAGAAAAGAAAGAAAGAAAGAAAGAAAGAAAGAAAGAAAGAAAGAAAGAAAGAAAGAAAGGAAGGAAGGAAGGAAGGAAGGAAGCAAAGAGAGGUCACUUGUGAUUGCCUGAUAAAUUUUAUGUUCAUAGUUUAGACACCAGUUUAAAAAAAUAAAAUUAAAUGAGGCAUAGUGGUAAAUGCUUGUAAUAUGUAAUCCCAGCUGUGAGGCCGAGACAGGUUGGCCACUUGCAAAUUCAAGGUCAGCUUUGACUAAAGUAAGAUUUUCCUAAAUAGAGAAAAGAAACACACACACCAAAAACUCUGAACUGGCCAGGCUCUGUGUGCUCUCAUCCCUGCACUCAAGAAGCAGAGGCAGGCAAGUCUUUGGGAUUCUAGCCAGCCUGGUCCACAUAGUGAGUUUCAAGCCAGCCAGAGCUACACAGAUCCCAAAUAACAACAGCAAAAAAGUCUGAGGACAUAGCUCAAUAGUAGAACAUGGUGCUUCGAGUGCAAGGAAGCCCUGGGUUCCUCCUUUGGCACUGUAUGUACACAACAAAGUGAGGGGCAGAGAGCAAAGAAAAAAACUGACAUCAAACUUUUAAAUGCCAGAAAGACAAUUUACUUAUGUGGAGUGUGUAUGUAAAACCCGAGUCCUCCAGACUGCAUCUCCUGAGACUGGGCGGUGGUCAGAAGGAGGCUUCUGAGCUAUGAAAGCUCUGGUCCUGAGAUGGAAACUGUGCUGGCUGCACUUCUGAGAUUGCAAUCAGGGUCAUUUGUGUCAUAGCAUCUUCUUUCCAAACAUCUGUUUAUAUAAAGUCAAGCUCAAACUCUUUAAAUUCUGUAACAUUUGGUUGAGUAUUCUAUGUCGCAUAGGACAUUGGUGCUUUCCUAUAGCACUUACCAAUCUACAACCAAAAAGAAGUGUGCAGAGUUGAAGGUCGACGCCAUGUAGGCUUGUUUGUGUUUGAUUUUGGAUGAGUAAAUUGCUGGUUUUGUUAAUGUGAGCCAGUAGAACUCUGUGCCUUAUAGUGUUCAGGACAGGUGACAAAGGGGGCAGGUGUCACUGCCACAGAGCAAGGAGCCAUACAUCCGAGCCCUUGCUGACCUCCCUCUCUCCUACUCUCUGCUUACUUUUGCAAAGGUUUUCAGGGCUGGGUGGUGAUUGAGGUGGGGUUGGGGUAGGUUUCUAUUAACAAGAAGUGGUAGUUUUGCUUGUGUAGCUGGGCAUUGUGCUCAUGCCCUGGGAUCUCAGCACUCAGGCGGCUACAGCAAGAGGAUUAACAUGAGUUUGAAGUCAGCCUGAGCGACACUGUGAGAACCUGUCUCAAAAGCAAGGCAGUUGAGCAUGGUGCCUCAUGCCUGUAAUUCCAACUCAGAAGGCUUCCGCAGGAGGGUUGCUGUAAUCUCAAGGCCAGACUACCAGGCAACUAGUGAGUUCUCUAAGACAGCAUGGGCCUCAGAGCCGCCUGUCCGUCUCCCUUGUCCUCCUCCCCCAAAACACAGGGUUUCUCUGUGUACACCUGGCUGUCCUGGAACUUGCUCUGUAGACCAGGCUGGCCUCGAACUCACAGAGAUCCAUCUGCAUCUGCCUCUGCCUCCUAAGUGCUGGGAUCAAAGGUGUACACCACCACUGCCUGGCUGAGACACCUGUCUUAAAGAAAAAAGAAAGGGUUAAGGAAGAACCCUUGCCUAUUGUUUUAUGAGGUCCUAGGUUCAAUCCCCAGGACUGAAAAAAAAAAAAAGUACAACUCUAAACAGGUGUGA